GAACUCUGGGCGCACCGGCUGGGGAGGCGGGGCCGGGGUCCUGAGUAGGGAGGCUGAGGCCCAUCCGAAACACCCCCCACUUUGCACACAGACACCACUGGCUGCUUUCCGACAGCCAGGGCGCGGAGGAAUGGAAACUUCUGCCACCAACAGCAUUCGCUGGCAACUUCCCUCUCUGUGGUUUUCUCUGUCAUUCCCUUGAUAAAAGAAGCUGAGGGCUGAGCAAAUGUAACCAACACUCAGAACCUCAUCUUCUCAUGAAAACACCCGCCCCUCAAGAAGUGAGCUGCCGAAAAAUGAUGCACGAUGUACUCUAAACUGGGUCACUCUUCACCCAGAGGGUUCGGCGCCUGGCUGACUUGCUGUGUGUAUCCCCUGUGCUGUAGGCUGCCAGCAUCUUCGACGGCCCGGGGAGAGAGCGCGAUGGGAAACAGUAUGCGAUCCACCCCAGCACCUCCCGAGAGGCCCGUGCCCAGCCCAGAUGGACCGGACAGUGACUUCCUGGCCGUGCUGAGUGACUACCCGUCUCCUGACAUCAGUCCCCCCAUAUUCCGCCGAGGGGAGAAGUUACGUGUGAUUUCUGACGAAGGGGGUUGGUGGAAAGCCAUUUCCCUUAGCACUGGUCGAGAGAGUUACAUUCCUGGAAUAUGUGUGGCCAGAGUUUACCAUGGCUGGCUGUUUGAAGGGCUGGGCAGGGACAAGGCAGAGGAACUGCUUCUGCUGCCGGACACGAAGAUGGGCUCCUUCAUGAUCCGAGAGAGUGAGACAAAAAAAGGUUUUUAUUCCCUCUCGGUGAGACACAGGCAGGUGAAGCAUUACCGCAUCUUCCGUCUUCCCAACAACUGGUAUUACAUCUCCCCGAGGCUCACCUUCCAGUGCCUGGAGGACCUGGUGAAUCACUACUCUGAGGUGGCUGAUGGCCUCUGCUGUGUGCUGACCACACCGUGCCUCGCUCAGAGCACGGCCACCCCGGCAGUGAGGGCCCCCGACUCACCUGUCACCUUGCGCCAGAAGGUCUUUGACUGGAAAAGAGUGCCCAGACUGCAAGAGGACUCCGAGGGGGCCAGGAAUUCACUUGGCAUAGAUGAGUCCCUUUUCAGCUAUGGCCUUCGGGAAAGCAUUGCUUCCUACCUGUCCCUGACCAGCGACGAGAGCACCUCCUUUGACCGAAAGAAGAAAAGCAUGUCCUUGAUAUACAGCGGGAGCAAGAGAAAGAGCUCUUUCUUCUCCUCACCACCAUACUUUGAAGACUAGCCUGAGAACUGACACCGUGGCGUGUGCCCCAAAUAACAGAGGUUUGGACCAUCACCUGGCAUCUGGCACAGAGGCCUGGGUCCCCAGUCCCUGGGGAACCGCACAUCUGGAAGCCAAGAGAAGACACCUGGAGACGAAUUCACAUCUUCUCUAGCUACAUCACGACUAAGAGAAGCCCUCCCUGGCAUCUGAUCUGGACUGAGACAUCACGGAACGCUGAAUCGGGAUGUGAUCUGGCAAUGCUUCGGAAAAGCCCACACAUUCACGUGUGCUUGUUGUGUUUGUGGGAAAGAUAAAGACAUUAGCUGAGGAGAAAGGGCACAGGACUGUUCUCCAAACAAACAGCCCAGAGUGCCACACUCUGAGCUCCUCAGAGAUAACUUCUCGAUGAGAAAAGCCAGAGGAGGAGAUGAGCUGACGGCCGGGGCCUGGCCAGUCUAGGUUUGCAAGUUGGUCUCCUGCGGUCAACUUUCCGAACCCAACCAUAACUGGACCUCCGGUACAUGGCUCCCUCUUUUUCAGGGAACUCAGUGACACUAAAUGUUAAUCUUCCCCAUUCUCCCUAAAGCAGGAGAUCCUGUUGGCCUCCUGGCGUCAGAGCCUCCCGUACAGAAGUCAGACGGCCUCUCUGCUUCUGCAGAGAGCAGGGCCGAAGGGAGAGAGGGAGGCCACUUGCAGGGACGUGUGAAGGUCCCCCUGGAGCAGGGCAAACAUUCGUGGUUCUACAGCCUGGAAGAGCUUCUCGGACACGCUGAGGUUCUCCCUGGUAAACAUGCAUCAAAUAUUCACUCCUGAUCGCCUGCAGAGGCAUUGGGUUAGGUCCCAUGUCCGAGGAAGGAAGGAAGGAAGGAUGGAUGAGGAGAGGCAUUCAGUGUAGACAGGGAUAAAAGUAUAUACACAACUAUCGCGAAAGUGGGGUAUGAAAGGAAAUCAGCUCACAGCUCGGGAGUGGGGGACCUGGAUCAGGUGAGCGUGGCCCAUGGGCUCACAUCUAAGCUGGACUUCACGGAGUAUAUGUUCAACUGGAUUGAGGAGGUGAGAAUGGUUGGCUUUUUUGGGAAAAAAAAAAAGGAGGCUGAUUAAUUCUAAAGAAUUAAUUCCUCCAGUAUUUUAUUCCAACAAAGGUCUGUCAGUCACAUGAAUAAAACUGCUGAGUUCCAGGAAAGAAGGGAGUCAGAGUGGCGUUAAUGCUGUCAUAUGAAGUUUAAGAGAUGAGAGAGAAGGCACAGUAAAGAUCUAGAAGAGGAGAAGUAUUUAUCUCUAGGCUGCCUAUCCGGAUUCUGUUAGGAAGGGGGCCACAGAGACACCCGUGACUCAUUUUCCCCUGUUGCAAAGGGAUUUGGGGGGAGGAGGGGCGCCGGAGAUACCCCUCACUGCCUGAUACCAGAAAUCUGUUCACCACACGCAUUCCGUGGAUCUGAGGUCACCGUGUUAGUGGUACGUGUAUAUGCAUUUAUGUGAUUUUCUCUGGUGUGUUUAUACAAGGAGACGUUUACAGUUUCCCCAACAAUCCCGAAAGGCUGUUACAAAGGGACCAGUCCAUGUCUGGGAAGUGAAUGUAACACUGCGGAUGCUGACUUCUAGCCCGAGGCAGGGGGACCUUGCAAAUGCCAGAUGUUUGGACGGUGUCUUAUGCGUUGUUUUCCGUUGUGACUAGUGCGCUGGGAACUUUAGGGGAGCACUCAGAGGUAUUUCUCAGUGGGAAGCAUUACACUUUGCUAAAUCAUGUAUUUAUUUCUGAUUAAAAUAUACUUAAUAAAUAUUUAAGCCCUGGA